GGUGAGGGUGGGACUUGUGCAUGCGUACAGGUCCGAGUUGAGGGAGUACUGUUGUAGCCAAGUGUGGCUUUGGAAAUGCUAAAGUGCUGUACAGUAUUACGGAGCGCGGCUCCUGUGGUACGCUCGGUGUGCACGACGAGCAGAAGGCGGCUGCCACCGACAGGCAUCCCUUUACAGCGAUGGAGUUUGCUCCUGAGACAGCAGACAAGCAGAUCUGUGUCCAGUUCUGGUGCAGCUAAAGGCAAAUUAGAAAAUAGUAUGAUGAUUGUUGUAGUGGGAAUUUCAGCUUUAGGAGCUGCAGCAUAUGUAUAUGGCACACUAAAAGAUGACAAGAUCAGGUAUGAUAGAAGAAUAAUAGAUAUUGCAAAAUCCAAAGAAGAAAGAGAUCAGAAUGUUGCAGCUCCUGCAGAAGGUCCAUCCCAGGAAGCGACCAUUGCAGUUUCAGAAGCAGCAGUAGCAGAAAGUGCAGGUGAGACAGCUCAAGAGGUAGCUCCAGUUGCUGAUCGACCAGAUAUCCCAUCCCACGUUCCUUAUUUAUUAAUUGGGGGAGGUACUGCGUCCUUUGCUGCAGCCAGAUCAAUCAGAGCACGAGAUCCUGGUGCAAGGGUACUGAUCAUCUCCGAGGAAAAUGAGCUCCCAUACAUGCGACCCCCUCUCUCCAAAGAACUCUGGUUUUCUGAUGAUCCCAGUGCAGUAGAAACAUUACGGUUUAAGCAAUGGAAUGGAAAAGAAAGAAGCAUAUAUUUUCAGCCUCCAUCUUUCUAUGUGUCUCCAAAGGAUCUUCUUUAUGUUGAACAUGGUGGAGUAGCCAUUCUUACUGGUAAAAAGGUUAUAGACAUGGAUGUUCGAGGAAACAAAGUAACACUGGAUGAUGAUUCACAUAUCUCAUAUGAGAAAUGUUUGAUUGCAUCAGGUGGUACCCCAAGAAAUCUUCCAGCCUUUGAAAGAGCUGGUGAAGAGGUGCAAAAGAGAACAACUCUGUUCAGAAAGAUUGAAGAUUUUAAAUCUUUGGAGAAGAUAUCUAGAGAAGCAAAAUCUAUUACAGUUGUUGGUGGGGGCUUCCUUGGAAGUGAACUUGCCUGUGCACUAGGAAAGCGAGCAAGGGACAGAGAAUUAGACGUAAUCCAGAUGUUUCCAGAAAAUGGUAACAUGGGCAAGGUUCUACCAGAAUACCUAAGCAACUGGACUACAGAAAAGGUUCGGAAAGAGGGAGUUAAUGUAAUGCCUAACUCAGUUGUGAAGUCUGUUCAGUUCAAAGAUGGCAAGCUUUCAAUCAAACUGAAGGAUGGAAGAAUGGUUCAGACUGAUCACAUUGUUGCUGCUGUAGGAUUAGAACCUAAUGUUGAACUGGCAAAGUCAAGUGGCCUUGAGGUGGACUCAGAUUUUGGAGGAUUCAGAGUAAAUGCAGAGUUACAAGCACGGUCCAAUAUUUGGGUGGCUGGAGAUGCUGCUUGCUUCUAUGAUAUCAAGUUAGGGCGGAGACGUGUGGAACAUCAUGACCAUGCUGUAGUGAGUGGACGGCUUGCUGGAGAGAAUAUGACAGGAGCUGCUAAACCUUAUUGGCAUCAGUCCAUGUUCUGGAGUGAUCUUGGUCCAGAUGUUGGUUAUGAGGCUAUAGGCAUUGUGGACAGCAGUUUACCUACUGUUGGAGUUUUUGCCAAAGCAUCACAGAAGGAUACCCCAAAAGCUGCUACAGAGGAAUCUGGUACAGGCAUUCGCUCAGAAAGUGAGACAGAGGACACUGCAUCUAAAGUCAGUAUACCAUCUAGUACUUCAUCAGGGCCACAUGUUCCUGAGCAGGGAGAGGACUACGGGAAAGGUGUUGUUUUCUACAUGCGCGACAGAGUGAUUGUUGGCAUUGUUUUAUGGAAUAUUUUCAACAGAAUGCCUAUUGCAAGAAAGAUCAUUAAAGAUGGCGAAGAUCAUGCAGAUCUCAACGAAAUAGCAAAGUUAUUUAAUAUCCAUGAAGAUUAAACUUUGUUCGGUUUGUAAGUUGUAUUUUAAAAAAUGGACUUGGCUGAAAACCCUAAACACAAGUUUAGAGACUAUAAGAUGUUUUUACUCAAAAGUACUUGAAUACUCACCUCCUGGAAUUACGUUAUUAUGGCAUUGCCUGCCAUGGGGAAAUUUUACGUUUGUGAAAUAAAGAACCUGUUAAAUUAAGAUGUUUAAUAAAUUUAUUCCUGUUUAAAAAAAAUAA